CUGUCUUGGUUUUGAGAAGUGUUCCGUGUUUACGGGAUUUGCAGAUGAUAAUCGUCAUAUGAGCGCAUCGAAGCGGAACUGGAGCGGAUCGGGCUGUGUGCGCAGACAGACGGACUGCGGUCUGUCCGGGUCCGUCCGGACCGCGGCGGCUCUCUGAACCAUGGACAACAAAAACCCAAACCCAGAGGUGUUCCUGUGAUGCUCGGGAGUGAGGAGGAGAGCAGCUGAGGAGGACAUGGGUUGCACCUCUGCCAAGCAGGUGUCUGCUGUAGCCAACAGUGAGGACGGCCAGAGCAAAGCUUACAGCAACGGAGACGUGCACUGUGAUGAGUACAAGAUGAAAGCGGUGGAGACCGUCAAGUACAUCAGCGGAGAAGGAGGAGGUGUGGACAAGCAAGACAACACAGAGAACUGUGCUGUACUUGAUAAAGGUCAACACAUGGAUGAAACGGGGUCAAAUGGAAAUGGCAAGAUCCUGAGCAUCCACUCGUCUGAGAGCCAGCAGGAAUUCUUCAGGAUGCUGGAUGAGAAAAUUGAAAAGGGCCGUGACUACUGCUCAGAGGAGGACGACAUGACAUAACACUGUGGGCAAGUCACUACCACAAGCUGUCAUUCCAGGGUGACCGAUGAACCGUGCUAUGUGACACCAUGCCAGACUGGGUGGAUGGUCUUCAUUUGACUGUUUACUGCACUACAUACCUGCGAAGAAUGGAUGACUUGAGUUGCUCGUUCUGCCCACAGCUCAGUUCCUGCUUGUCAGAUCACCUCCCCAGUAAAACUCCCACCAAAAUCCAAAAACAUUGAAUGGUUUACGAGCUUCUGUGGUCCCCUAAAAGCUUCACUUUAUGAAUCGCACAUGAAUAUUUUGUUGGGAAUCCAUUUGGAUAAACCCUGAACGAUCAGCAGAUACAGGAGUGCUCCUGUGGACACAGAAUCUGCGAAGUUCUGAUGAUCCCAUCCCUGACCUAAGGAGUUGGAGACUUCCUGCAUUCCAGUGAACAGUAUGAACUUCUUUUUUUUACGGACCGUUGGCCAGUACCGUGUUCGUCCGUCCAUGUCUGUUUAUGGUUUAUCACGUUGAAUACGGCUCAGGGUUGAAGUGUUGUAAUCACUGUAUCAUGCCGUCCAUGUUGUAAAGACACCUGCUGCACCAUUAAAGCGUCUCCCGUGCACUGGCACAGCAGCAAGUUCCCAAUGCCCCACGCUUCACUGUUCUGUUCGUUAGAUUCACCCGACGUAUCGGACUCCACAAAGCCACACAAGUCUGUCAUCUUAAUGUGUGUAGGUUUUUAUUGCUACAAAAAUAAAGUGUUUUAUGUACCACAAC